AACACAAGCUAGUAACACAUCGAUCGAUCAGCAAAACAGCAGCGUACGCUAGCUUCCACGUUCCUUGCUUCGUGAAGAACUUUAGAUCGUCCUCCGAUCCUAGCUGUUGAUCCAUAUGGCAUUCGCUGAGGAUCAGGAGGCCGCCAUCGCCAUGAAGCUAAUGGCGGACGGCGGCAACGGCUCGGAGGAGCAAGAAGCGCCAAUCCUCACCAUGGAUCUCCUCGAGCACGGCGACUGCGAGGAGCCCCACGGCGGCCUGGCCGGGUGGGCUUCGGCCGGCUCGUGCACGCUGUCCGCCCACCACGAUCCGGCCCCGGACACGCCUCCCCCUUCGCUCUCGGCCACGGCAGACGACGACGAUCCCGACCACCACCGUCGACGGAAACCCAGCGGCCGCUACAUCCUCGCCACGGGACGGGCCGGCGAGAAGGACGGGCUCCGCCGUGCGAUCGCGCGCGCGCCCCGGCCCAAGAUCACGCACCGGGUGUCCGGCUGGGUCGGCCUUGCCGGCGCCGAGGAAGACGCCGGCCACGCCGUGCACGUGGAGGUCCGCACGGAGGACGGCAAGCGCGUGGGCGGCGGCGUGGUCGUUCCCGAGCCCGGGAAGUGGGGCGAGAUCCAAGGCGCGUUCCGUGUCGACGACGACGCCAAGCAUCAUCAUCCACGGUGCGUCGAGGUCUACGUCCACGGCCCGCCUGCCGGCGUGGACAUCAAGCUCAUGGACCUGCGCGUGUGCGCCGUGGACCGGAUCGCCCGGCUGAGGCACCUGAGGAAGAAGACCGAUAAGGUGCGCAAGCGCGACGUGGUGCUCAAGUUCAACGGCCGGUCUUCGACAGACGCGGCCGACACGGACUUGGUAAAGGGCGCGUCGAUCCGCGUCCUGCAGGUGGAGAACAGCUUCCCGAUCGGGGCAUGCAUCAGCAAGUCCUCAAUCCAGAACCCAUCCUUCGUGGACUUCUUCGCCAAGCACUUCGACUGGGCGGUGCUCGAGAACGAGCUAAAGUGGUACUACACGGAACCGGCGCAGGGCCAAGUGAGCUACGCCGACGCCGACGCGCUCAUCGCCUUCUGCGACGCCCACAACAAGCCCGUCCGCGGCCACUGCAUCUUCUGGGCCGUGGAGAACUCCGUCCAGCAAUGGGUGCGCGCCCUGAACCCGGGCCAGCUCCGUGCCGCCAUGGAGUCCCGGCUCAGGAGCCUGGUGUCCCGCUACAGCGGCAGGUUCCCGCACUACGAGGUGAACAACGAGCUGCUGCACGGGAACUUCUUCGCCAACCGGCUGGGCGACGCCGACGUGAACGCGCACAUGUUCCGGGAGACUGCCGCCAUUGACGCCACCCCGGCGCUCUUCGUGAACGACUACAACGUGGAGAGCGGCAACGACCCGAAUGCCACUCCGGAGAAGUACGUGGCUCUCAUCACGGAUCUCCAGAAACGUGGAGCGCCUGUGGGGGGAAUCGGGGUUCAAGGCCAUGUAACUCACCCCAUCGGAGACAUUAUCUGCGGCGCGCUGGACAAGCUCGCGGCCAUGGAUCUCCCCGUCUGGAUCACGGAGCUGGACGUGUCGGCGGCGGACGAGGCCGUCCGGGCGGACGACCUGGAGGUCGUGAUGAGGGAAGUGUUCGCGCACCCGGCCGUGGAAGGGGUGAUGCUGUGGGGGUUCAUGCAGGGGCACAUGUGGAGGUCGCACGGGCAGCUGGUGAACCAGGACGGGACACUCAGUGAGGCCGGGAGGAGGUUCGUCGGGCUCAGGACCGAGUGGACUUCGCAUGCUAGAGGGAAGCUUGAUGGGGAUGGGAACUUCAGGUUCAGGGGAUUCCAUGGGAGGUACGUGGUGGAGCUGACGACGGGCGGCGGGGCAGGGCAGGUGAGGAGGGCGUUCGAUGUCAGCAAAGGGGAUCAGCCGCUCGUGCUCGACAUGGAUCUCUGACUGACGGACUGGACUACAACAUUUGCGUGAUGUAUAUGUACGAGUAGGUGUUGUGUUGUGUUGUUGGCGUGUACUGUACUGGGGCUGGGCAUGAUUGAUUGGCUGAGAGUGAAGGUAUUGUAUGUAUUUGUGUAUUUGACAGAUGGAUUAUUGAUCUGCAGUAAUAAAUAAACAAAAGGUCGAAUUUAUCGGCCCUUGUAUAG